AGCACAAGUAAUAUUUCAUUACACAUUUCUAUCUCAUUGUGUUUUAUAUCAGUUCUUACAAAAACUGUUUUGCGAAAUAUAUUUCCUGAACAAAAUACUUGAUUAAAUACCAAUUUUACGUAUUUUUUUAAAACAAAACUGUGUAGAUGGUAGAAAAUGUCGAGCCUUACAAGUCCUUUUCGCGAAGCAGCCCUCUGCUCUCGCUAGUAAAAGUUGGAAUCCCUACCGUACACUGUCGACUUCUUACACCCGCCUUUCUGGGUAAGCUACGUCAUCAUUAGUUGCUCUACCCACAAGGAACACCCAGCACGUGGGGUAGGGCAGCCAAUCAGGAAUAGAAACUUUUCAAUGACGUACAUCUCUAGCUCUUAUAUGGAUUGCAGUUCAACAAUUACCAUUACCACCCUCUUCGUUGCUAAAGUCUGGGGACGGGUUCAAUCGAAGAGCUCAGUGUGUACACAAGAAAUCAAAGCAGUAGUAGCGGCAACCCACGGUCCAUGCGAGCGUCGUUGCAGAGACCUGUUUCUGCCCUUCUGUGCUACACCGCCGAUGGAGCAAGUUCGUGAGUUGAUGAAUCAUUGUGCUGUGCCAUCCACAUCCGACACCACAGCCACUACUGGUCCAGGACCAGGCCCCACAGGGCCGCCCCCACCCCCUCUUGUACCCACUGGGUACCUGGGAAAUAGAAUGAUGUCACGCAACGUAAAUGGCACAAGUUAUGUUGGGAGGAUGUACGGAGAACAUCACAGCGCCUCCUGUCGACAAACAGUUGCGAUGACGUCACAACCAACGAACGAAUCGGAAUUGCAGUUGUACAGAGUCCUCCAGCGAGCCAACCUUCUUUCUUAUUAUGACACAUUUAUAUGUCAAGGUGGAGACGAUGUCCAGCAACUUUGUGAAGCUGGGGAGGAGGAAUUUCUGGAGAUCAUGGCGCUAGUGGGAAUGGCUAGCAAACCUUUACAUGUCCGACGUUUGCAGAAGGCGCUGCAAGAAUGGGUGAACAAUCCUGCCAUGUUUCAGACACCGCUCGUGCCCGCCUUGCCUCCAAACCAUCCAAGCCAUCUACUGAACUCUCUGACAGCUUCUGGCAGAGUUGGCCCUGGUCCCGGAGCUCCCGCCAACCUAUCCCAGUCGACAGGACUGCCGAUGCGACCCAGCCCGCCAGUAUCCAUGCUCCCCAACAAUAGCAGCCACUCGUCUCCUUCUCCUGGAAGGAAGGAUGUAACGUCUCCCAGUCAGACUCAUGUGGCAACUCAACACCACCAACAGCAACUUCAGCAAUUUUCUCAGCUGCAACAACAACAUCAAAUUAUCCAGUCUUUUCAACAGGGCUCGGGAGAGUACGGACAACCGGGUUCCCCUAUUUCCCUUACACCGAUUCUCGAUGAAAAUCAAAUCCAACGAUUAGCAGAAGCAGCAGAGAUUCUGAUCAAGACGAUGCCCCCUUUAGAACCUAAACUUCAAAAUAACAAGAAGAAGAUCAGUAAAGAAUUAGAGUACGCGAUGAGCAUGCCUGAAGAUGAUCCUCGGAGGAUGGACGAAAUGAGGAAAUAUGCAGCAAUUUAUGGUCGAUUUGACUGCAAGAGGAAACCAGAAAAACCUUUAACUUUGCAUGAGGUGUCCGUAAAUGAAGCAGCUGCUCAGAUCUGUAAGCACAUCCCUGCCCUGCUCACUCGAAGAGACGAACUUUUCCCCUUGGCUCGACAGGUAGUGCGAGACAGUGGAUAUCAGUAUUCAAAAGGCCAUUCCAGUUUUGACGAUACUUCUAGGUCACAGGGCUAUAGGUCUUACGAAGAAGAUUCCUGUAAGCGCCCCAGACUGGAUCCAAGCCCCUAUAGUCUCAUUGAUAAAACCCAACUGGAGGAAGAGAAGAAAAAACGACAGGAAAGAUAUGAAGCGAUAGCAGAUCAAUUGAAAUCCAUAGGAGCUCAGCAGGAGGAUUUAAAAGCUAAGUUGCUGCAGAGUCAAGAGCUCCAAAACUACUCCGGAGUCAAUCAAAUCCAACCACAGCUGGAGCAGCUUUCCAAACAGCAUGUGCAGCUGAUUAAUGAACAGAGUGAACUGAACAAACAGUUGAAGAGACUGGACAGGUACUUAUCAAGUAGAAAAGGAUAUGGACAUUUGUCAAACUGCUCAGAAUCUGAGAAGAUCGACACAGAUGAUACAGAUUCACAGUUUUCAGCCUAUAGUAACACUUCCUCACCUCCCAUGAGUCAGGAAGUUAAUGAUUCCACAUCACUUGACUUCAAUCAUUCGAUAACAACCACAGAUAUGUUUAGUGCCAUGAGAAUGAUGUCAACUAGCAAGAAGACCAACGCCCAAAUCACCAAGCAGCUUGUUCAGGAAACUCUUAUGGAUGAAGGACUACGUGUUGUGAAAGAACUUGCCAAUCAAAUAAAAGAUGAGAAUGAAAGCUCUGUUACACUUUCAAAAGUGGACAUUCUCUCUCAAGCACAUAUCAGUAAAGCAGAGAAAGAUUAUGUAAAUCACUCUUCUGCUUCCACCAGCUUGCCAUCAGCUGUGACAACUUCUUCAAGCAUAUCCAGCACCACUCGUUCAUCAACUACACCACUAGUUGUUUCGCCACCAGCACAAAAUUGCUAUGGUUUGGUCAGUUUGAAUGGACCGGUAUAAAAUAAAAAUCAAGGCUAUAAAAGUUGUAAAGCCAUGUUUCUUAAGAGUUAAUGGCAUAAUCUGAUUAUUCUGCAAGCUUAGAACUUUUUGUGUAACAUGGGUAAGAUUAAGUUAGAACAGAAAAUAUGACCCAGGUUUUUCCGUUUGUGUGAAAGAUUAUACAGUGCCCAUGCUGAUGAGAUUUCUUUAUUGUCUCAGACAUUCUACAUACUGUUAACAAAAUCAAAAUAUCCUUCAUCAGUUUUCUAUCUGAGUACUGGUUUACAGAUCAGAAGUACAUGUUGCUUAUUUGCUGAUUUCAAGAAUAUAUCUUUUCACUUAAUUCAUAUAAUGAGUUACACAUGCAGAAUGACCACGUUUGUGAAGUGUGUGCAAUAAUCUGUGCUCACAUGUGCCUCCAAGUGUGAAAGAAAGGUAAGAGUUUUUGGUCAACCUAAGCCAAAUCAAUGAGGCAAUAGUCAUUAAAAGCACAGAGUUGAGAUCUCAUCUGUGUUGUUUAAUUGUCACUUUUUGUGGUUGUGAUUUGCUGUAGCGGUUGAAGAAACUGUUUAGUGACCAGAACUGGAAUAAAAAAAUCUUUAAAACAGUGUGUAACUCUCUUUUGUGUCUUAGGCUUGAGACCUAAUAUACAAUAAACUUUUUAAUCAAUAGAUGUUGAUUUUUUUAUGUGGUUGUAAAAUUAAUGUAUUGAGUAUUAAAUUACAGAUAUCAUAGUAUGAAAAUGAUUAGUUGUGCCUCCUACAGCCCUUGUCUUAGAAGUACCUACAAACUGUUUAUUUUGGUGCUGAUACUUCAAAUGAAAAGAUUUCAGGCUUUAGUUCUGUUUUUCUGUGACCUAGUCAAUGCAGUAGAGUUUAAUUAACCAUCAUAGAGAUUUUUAAGCAUCUAGUGAUAUUAUUAAGAGAAUUUCAGUGGCUUAAGUCUAUUGCUCAGUUUUAAAUUUGUAUUAAAAAUCAAAGAAGAAUACUUAGUUAUUAUAUUGCACUGUUUAUUGCUGUUGUUUAAUUGCUUUUCUAUGUUCAUUAUAAAUUUAAUGAGUAAUUACUUUAAGAAAAGUUAGCAGUCUGUUAUAUAAUGUACUCCUUGUUGUAUUCUUAAAAAUAUUUAAAACAAUCUUAAAAGUAUUCAUGAAUAGUGGAAGAAGUUUUGACAGUGCUAGUUUUUGUCUUUGUUAAAAAGCAUCCCAAAAUUUUCAGCAACCUGCUUCAAACAACUUGUUUGACUAUUGAUUUAUUUUCUGGUUUCAAGUUUAAAACUAUAGAUGCAAGAUUGGUCACUCCUACACUCUCAAGUCUUGCAUUUUUAAAAUCAUAUUUCUGCUUGGUACAAAAUGUACAUUAUUUGUCAUUAUACUAAGUUAAUAACAUGGAAAUAUGUUUGUUUAUAACAAAUAACUUUUAAUAUACUGAAGCUCUUAAAGUUUAAUUUGAAAGAAAUAAAAAUCAAUUGGAAUUUGAACAUUGCUAGCUUAUUGUACAUCCUUAAAAUUUGAUGCAAAAGGCUAUCAUAAUAUUUGUUUGAUUUUGUUUGAAAGGUUGUUAAAAAGGUAACUUGUUAGUUUGUUUUUUAUUGCUGAAAUAGUCUGUUGAUUCUGUAUUUUACUUACUAAACUUUUCAAGAUGAGCAUUUUAUUUACAGUGUGAUAAACUGAAAGAAAUAUAUAUUGUUCUAAAAAUUUGAUUUGCAUCAUCAAGAUUUUGAUGCAAAACUACUGUAUGAGGAUAUAUAUAUAAAUAUAUAUAUAUAUUAGUUAGGAAGAGUACAAUAUAGUGCUGUCACUUGGUUUAAUAACCAAAUACUUUGUGUGAUAUGGAAAUAAUUAUUUUUCAUUUUGCCAAACGUUUUAAAAAAGUCCAGGUAUGUGAUAUAAUGUGAUACUUGUUAGUCAUAGAACUUUCCAUUAAAGUAAUUUUGUGGUGAAACUGAGUUUUUAAUAAUACAAAAGUAAAUAGUGCAAAAUAUAUUUGCCUUUUUCUUUUUUCUAAAUAUAAGAUAAGGGUUCUGUGUGACAAGGAUAAUUUAUAGAAAUGAUAUGGCUUAUAGUCACUUUUGUACAGCCACACAGGAGGAGAAAUUGUAAACAAUUAAUUUUAUAAGUCAAGAUAAAAUACCAAAAAAAUAAGAAGAAAAGUGAUAAAUGUUGACACUGUUGCGCUGUUUCCCCACUGCUAUAAUAAAAUAUUAGUGCUAAGUAACUUUUCAUCGAAAUUCCAGAGAAACAGAUUAAUUCAAUUGACCUUUGUAUUUGUGACAUUCAGAAACAUUUGAUAAGAUGUUCAUGAAUAGCUUGUGGAAUGCAACAAGUUUAUUUGAAAUUUCCUAGUUUUAUUAAUUUCUAACAAACAUUUUUGAGAGUAUUUCUAAGAAAUAUAACUAUAUGUAAAUUUACUGUUAAUUUUCAGUUGUUGCAUGUCAGUAGAAUAAGAUAACAGUUCCCUGUUAAUUACUUACAUAAUUAACAUAAUUUU